AUGCCCCGUGCACACCACAAACCCUUUACAGUGUACGAGGAGGCGGUGAGCUUUCACGGGACACGGCGAAACGCAUAUCUUUGCUGUGCCUUACUCUUCGCAGGGCUGUUGUUCAAAGUGUGUGUGCUUUCGCACUACUCCGCCGCGUCUGACUACUCCGAGCUGUCUGGGGUGGAUGACGAUCCUCAGUAUCAAAAUCUGGUGGCGGAACGCAUGGAGCUGGCGGAGAGCCAUUGCCUCAAUGGAGGCCAUGCGGCGCGCCGAGCAGGCUCGUCGCGCCCCACCGGCGUAGUGGGAAAUGGGUGGAUGAGGGGGGGGGGGUGA